GCUUCAAUUUUGUUGUCUUCAACUCUUAAAUUUACCUUUUGGUACGUCAUUUCGUAGUUCACACCAUGAAAUUGCCAUUGUUGUGUCAUUGUUUACGACCUCAUCGUCAUGGAAACAUCAAUCUUACAUACUUGAAAGAACAGAAGAUUUUUGCAAAGGCGGAACUACCUAAGUGUUGAACAAACAACGGAUCGAAUUUAGGCAAUGUAAAUGUCGCCUGGAUAAAUCUUACAAAAAUACUCUGUACUUGUCAACCGCAAUCUAAAAUCCAGUUUUGACAUGUCCUCGCUAACAGAACUUGUGAUAAGGCAUUUUGAAUUUGAAGGUAGUGUCCUUCUUGAACCUAAAACAUCGUCCUCGUGUAAGCGUUUUUAAGUUCUUUAGUUUUCCAUAUUAGUUUAAACCAAUUCUUAUAUCGCUAAACAUAUUUUGUUUCUCCAGGCUCUUGCGUGGAGUCAGUAGUGAGAUUAGUUUCCAACUCGUCCCAGUCCCUUUUGUUAAUAUUCAACUUCGCUCAGAUCAAGCAAAGAGAGUGACAAAAAGAAAUUAUACCCAGAAUCGAACUAACAAAAAUAUUUCAAAGUUUAGUUAAAAGAUAUUUUAUAAGUACUAAUUAUCUCAAUUAAUUUAUACAAUUUACAAUUUCCGAAAAAAAAUUAUAAAAAAAUUUUAAAAUAUGUUUUCACAAAAAUCUCCACCUUUUCUGUAAAAGGUUCCUCAACGCAAUACCUUUUGUAAGUUACGGAGGAGAGUGUCAAAAGUGUGAUGAUUGACUCGCUAUAUAGCUGGUGCGUAUUUUGGAAUCAACUUGCUAUGCAUUAACAUGGUUUUACAAAUCGAAAUACAGUGGAAAGUCUUAAACUUUAAACCAGUGUACGAAAGACACAAGUUAAUAUGAAUCGUUUAAUAAAGGUUAUCUUCAAUUAAUUCACAGUAUUGUCAAUUUUAAUUAUGCCAAGCAUAUCGCCACGCGAAGACAUGUUGGCUGAAGAAGAAGAUAUCGAGUAUUCUCAAGAAGAUUUGCUCAACAAGCUGGCUUUUCUUGAAAACAAAACCAAAGCACAGGAUAUGGAGGUACACCUUUUGAAAACAGCUUUGAGUGAUGUCAUUUCAAGAUUGUCGAUGCUGGAAAAUGACGUAAAGAAUGUAAAAAUAGCCAAAAAUGAGCGAAAAGACGUCCCUUUAUCUGAGCCAAUUACACCGACAAGAAGAAGUGUUGAUCUUUGGCAAAAGAAAACACGGCCCAGACCAAAAUCUAUGAUUAUAUCAUCAAACAGUACUUUUAAUCCGACAGUACCAAACAAAACAACUGGCCCCACCACACCUGUGUCCAAAACAUCUGGCCCCACCACACCUGUGUCCAAAACAGCUGGAACCUUAAAUGGAACUAGCAAUGGAACAAAGAAAACAAAAGCAAACUCCGAAAGAAGACUGAGCAACAGUACGAAGAAAACUGCAAUUCUCACCAAAAGGGGAUCAAGUCAAGAUAUUAGUCCGCCAACAUCCCCAUCAAAUGUUAAAACAGAGGACGGAAAACCAAAGCUAAUCCUUGCUAAAAAGCCAUCCUUCUCCAAAAGACCGAAAUCUUUAUCGAGUAGCCAGUCAAGCGACGAAAUUUCACCAAAAGAGGACCUGAUAAAGUUUUACAUGCGUGGUAGAAGUAUAACCAUGUAUACACCGUCCGAUCACAACGAACGAAAAUACGACAACACAGCUCCCAAUGAAAAAUUACAACUAGCUUGGGUAUACGGUUACCGCGGGAAAGACUGUCGUGACAACAUGUUUAAACUCGCAUCCGGUGAAUUGGUGUACAACAUGGCGGGUGUUGUGAUCAUGUAUGAUGAGAAAACUAAAACACAAAGACACUUCACUGAACACACCGAGGCUGUCAAAUGUAUAUGCUUGCAUCCCAACCAAGAGUUUAUUGCCAGUGGUCAAGUUGCUGGUCAUGGAGAUGGUGACGAUGGGAAGCCUCAUGUACUAGUGUGGAAUUCCACAACCUUGGAAACAAUAAGCUCAUUUGGUCAUGGACAUUUUGAAAGAGCAUUGUGUGCAGUCGGAUUCUCUCCAACCGAAAAUGGUCGGUAUCUUGCGGCGAUAGAUGAAAGUAAUGACCAUUGCAUUUCAGUUUGGGAUUGGGAAAAGAAAAUCAAAUUAGCUGAAACAAAAUGCUCCAAGGAGCUUAUUUUUGGUAUCAACUGGAAUCCCAUUUCAACGUUAUCUCUUGUAACAUACGGAAAAUCUCAUUUGGGAUUUUGGGAAUUUAACAGCGACCCGAAGAAUUGUCAGUUGACGAAAAAGAUGGGAAUAUAUGAGAAAAUUGACAGACCAAAAUACGUGUUGACAACUGCCUUCACGUCAAGUGGGGACGUAGUGACUGGUGACACAAAUGGAAAUAUUUUGUUGUUUAAAAACGGGAGUAAUCGAGUUGCAAAAGCAUCAAAGCCCUCUCAGAAGGGUGGAAUCUUUUCGGUAUGUGUACUUCCUGAUGACACAGUUGUUUCUGGUGGAAAAGAUGGCCAGUUCUCACUGUGGGACAACGACCUAACAAAAUUAAAAGACUUGUCACAGCUUGACGAUUGCUACGGUCCAGCUCGAUGCAUCGUAUACGAUAAAACACAAGAAUCGUUUAUUGUUGGCACAGCAAGAAAUUGUAUUUUAAGUUAUCCUUCUGAUUGGUCGAAAGAAUCUAUCAUCUCACUGGGACACAGUGAUGAGAUGUGGGGUCUCGCGACUCACCCAACAGAAACAAUAUUUGUUACUUGCUCACAAGAGCAGUUGGUUUGUAUUUGGGAUAGCAAGACGCAAGAAAAUCUUUGGACGUAUCCAAUCGAUGAUAGCGCUCAAUGUUGCUGCUUCCAUCCAACUAAACCUUUUGUUUUGGUGGCCACAACCAACGGAACCAUUUGUGUGCUAAACUACGACACCAAAGAAGAAUUGGUUACAUUACCUGUUGCCAUGGAAAUGCUCGACGAUGUUAAAUUUUCUCCAGACGGCACAUCAUUUGCAACAGCCUGUCGUGAUAUGAAUAUAUAUUUGUAUCAGUGGCCGAACGAUAUCAGCAAUUUCAAAAAGCCGAAAGUUUUGCAGGGUCAUUCCAGCAGAGUAUUGCAUUUGGAUUGGUCACGUGAUUGUGAAUAUCUUCAAAGUAAUUCAUCAGAUUAUGAAGUAUUAUAUUGGCAUGCAGAGUCAGGGUGUCAAAUCUUGUCAUCCGCAGCACUUCGAGAUGUUGAAUGGGAAACGUGGACAUGUCCUUUCGGAUUUCCUGUCAUGGGUAUUUGGCCAGAAGGAGCGGAUGGAACAGACAUCAAUACCUGUUCUCGUUCGAACAAUUUAAAACUUGUUGCCACAGGAGAUGAUUUUGGCGAAGUGAAAUUGUUUCGCUUCCCAAGCGUGAAAUUAAAGUCCGAAAACCACGUUGGAGUGGGUCACAGCUCGCACGUCACCAACGUUCGAUUUUUAUCGAAUGAUGCUGGUUUGAUUACUGUUGGUGGGAAGGACUGCUCAGUAAUGCAGUGGAAAUUGAUACCAGCUACAACUGAGUAAAGACAUUUUUAGCUUAACUAUGUGUUUUAUGCAUAACGAUAAUAAUUUUAUUAGUAAAAAUAUUGACAAUUAAUUGCGAUAAAAAUACCCGUUGGGUAUAACAUGGAAACUUCAACUAGCUUGUGUAAAUAUUUGACCGGUUUUAAUUUUCGCGAGAUUUAAUUUCGUAAAUUUACAUCGUUAAAUCAAAAUCCGUAAUUUUUUAAAAACGAAAAGGUUUUUUAAAAAUGACUACAGGAAAUAUGACUUUGAUCACAUUUCUUUUCAAUAAAUAAAGUAAUAUGUACGAGUAGGUAUCCUCUUGUUUUCGUAGAAUUCUUGCUUCAAAUAACUAUUCACUUGUAAAUUUGGUUUCGUAGAUAUUUUGGGGGAGUAAUUAUAGUUGUAAAUAAGUUGUUUAAAUAAAAGCUCUUUUUUAUUUCUAA